AUGGCACCAGCUGAAAUCGGCCCGCAUAUUACGGAUACCUAUCGCUUACGGCUAGUGACAGCCGGACAUUUCCGCCCACAGCGGGCAAGCAGUCCUCAACAAAUCCACCACAUCACAUGGCCAAAAAACAUCCGGAUAAGCACAAAUCACCGAAGUACACGCCUCACCCUCAUCAUGCCCAAUCCUGAUGAUGGCAGCCCCUCAGUGGACAGCCCAUCACCGGCACCCGUCCCAAAUGACAACGCGACAACAACAACCACAACAAUCCCCAGGGUCGCGUCGCCAAAGGGCCCGAGGAGACGUGCUCCAAACCGAACAGUUGACGGUGGUCCACCCGCCUGUGUCAAGUGUCAUGGAUUCAAGAUGCGCUGCAUUCGCCAACCAGAUCAAAAAGACUGCAACCGAUGUAUCAAUGCCAAAAUUGAGUGUGUUCCCCGCGAGCCUGGCUCGGUAGGAAGGCCACGACUGCCUCGGCCGCCCGGGUGGAAGAGGAGUCACUACAAAAAAGGCCGGCGACUUGGCCAUCAACUUGUGCAAUCAACCUCACAAGCGGCUGAAGACCUUGAUCCAGAAUCAUCCUCACCUUCAAAUUCAACCGAGGCCACACCCCCAGAACCAACAAGCCCAGCCAAGAGCUCAGCACCAGCUCGAUAUGGUGGUCCCAUCAUCGGAUUAGCUGGCUACAACGCUCUCUUGCCCAACUUUGACGACCUCCCCCAUGACAGCCCGGCCGCUGCCGCUAACGCUCGUGGGAGUAUCUACACAGAAAGCACCUUCAGGGCCCCUCAACAACCACAACCGCCGCUUCACCCAUUGUUCCGUUCAACUCAGACCCCUCCUGAACCCCAACCCUCACCUCAACCUCGACAACAACAACCUACCGUCUACGCACCAGCAGAUCAAGAUCCAAUAGAACAACUCACCCGCCUCCAGCUACAAAUCUACCAACACCACACCCUAGCCAAGAAGAACGAGCCCUCCAUAAGAAAAGACGGCAACAAACCAACCGGCACUGAACCACUCGACACAUCCUGGAUCAACCCCCUCUUUCAAUCAGCCUCCCUUUUCCACACCAUCCUCUCUUCCUUUGCCGCAUCUCCGCCUGAUACAGCAACCUUCCUGAUGAUAAUCUCAAUCUACACCCGCCUCUUGCAAACGUUUGACCUUUUGGUGGAUUGUAUACAACGCUACAUAUGGUGGCACGGCAUCUGUGGCUCGCCUAUGGUGCAAGAUGACAAGGAUUUUAUCAGCGGGCUGAGCGAUUCGGUGGUUGUUACGAUAGGGGGGGUGGAGGUGCCGCGGAGUGUGAAGGGGAGUAAGGUGGCGCUUAUAGACACGACGAGGGCGGCACAUUACUUGACAUUUGGAUUGAUGGAGAAAAUUGGGGGGGUGUUAGAUGGGUGGGUGGGAGGGGAGGAUAUGGUGGUGAAGAAGGGGGCGAUGGAGGCGGUGGGGAGGUUGGAGGAGAAGGUGAGGGAGAAUUUUGUGCGGACUAGAUGGAGGAAGAUGCCGGAGCGAGGCAUCAACCGUUUAAAGAAGGGAAGGGUUAGAGUUGCGAAGCAACAUCUCAAAGUACUCCUGGUGCCAGGCACCGGCCUCGGGCGAAGGCUGGAAGGCAUCGGGCUUGCCGCAGAAGCUGUCAUAACGAACAGCCGAGCUGUCGGAAGUACCAUCCGACUCACCGCCGGGCUUGACCCAGACGAAGGCAUCAGCCAGCUCGAGACCGGUGUCGGCCGAGGGGGGACGGCCGAAGCCGGCACCGUCGACGUUGCACCAGUUACCCCACUCCUCGCGGAGACCCUGGACACCGCUGCGGCCAGUGUCGACGAUGGCGUGGUUGGGCAUGCCGGCGGCCUUGAGGCGCUGGCCAAAGGUGUUGACGUAAGUGCGCUCGUUCUGGCACGAGUUGUACUUGGCGUCGGAGGCGGAGGAGAACUCGCCGGGGGACAGGUCCCAGGCGUUCCAGCCGGCCACGUUGGUGGCGAUGCCACGGAACUGCUUGGGGCUGCCGGCGGCCUUGUAGGCUUUGGCGAGCUCCUCGGCGCCGGGCUUGAGGUUGGCGUCCCAGCCAAGCCAGCCGCCGUGGCCGGCGUCGAUGUACUGGACGACGUUGGGAAGGUUGAGCGUCUUGAGCGCGUAGGCGACACCGUCGCGGUAGCCGGCGGCCGAGUUGCGGCAGGCCUGAACGUCGGAGUUGGUGACCAGGUUGGGGAGCGAAUCGGGCUCAAUAACGAGCGCGACGGCGGUGUUGGGGUGGGCCUUAAGGAUGGAGGCGAUGCCUUGACACAGCUUCUUGUACCUGUUGAGCUCGCCAACCUUCAGCUCACCGUUGGAAGCCUUGGCAGCGCAAUCACGGCCGGGAAGAUCGUAGACGACGACACCGAGGAUCUCGUUGCAAGGAACCUCGGCGAGAGCGGGCUCGAGCCUGUCAACAUUGGCGAUGGUGUCGAGCCAGACGAAGGAACCGGUGUCGGCAACCUUGCGGGCGGCAGCCUCGAGGGAGGGGUCGGAAAGGUUGGGGAUGGCGAGCUCCUCGAUCUCCUUGCGGUAGAAGUUGUUGGCGUGGAGGGUGUACUGCUUGAAGACGUUGGUCUGGGCGUUGAGGGAGACGGCCGAGGCGCAACCAGCUUGUCUCUUGGUGGGCUUGUCCUGGGUGGUCGGGGAAGGCGCGGCAACGGCUGAGGCAACGAGCGCCAGAGCGGCGGCGGAGCUGGUGAUCUUCAUGUUGAACGACGGGGCGAGUACACUUGCUGCAGAAAGUAUGAAGGCCUGAGGGAGGAAGAUCUUGUUUCUGCCGAGGGGGGGAGGGUGGUCUGUCUUUAUACCAGGGGACCUCUCCGCGGACUUGGCGUUGCCGUGUUACCCCCCUGAGAGUUCAAGUCAACACAACAACCUCGACGAGGACUGCCCAACACACGGUUCGCCUCCCUGGCUCACAUGGUUCACGCGGCUCGAAGGCACACAGGAGAUUUCUCUGCAAUCAGGAAGACAGGCCCGUGGUCUCGGCCAGGAACCUCCGUGGAAGGCUUGAGCCGCGCCGAGCAGUCGCCGCUGGAAUAUAGGGUGCGGGGCUGGUGUUGAGUGCCGAGCAAGGCGACUGGACAGGUCCAAGAUCCCCAUCUGGCAUUUCAUAUACAGCUUCAUUUACGCUCAGGCGACGACGGCCGGCCCUACUCUGGAUUGGUGGGAGGUCAACGGGCGGCUACCACUACGAUUUGCGAGGGAAAUUGUGGGGAAGAGGGAACUUGCUCUCUAUUGGGGUUGCCAUGUGCAAUCUGGGGUAUUCGACCAUCUCAUGCACGGCCGUUCGAUCUUGCCCCUUUGGUCACGCUGGGAUCCUAGGAGGGAGAGUGUGGCGCCGCCCAACCCCUUGCAGCCACCAUCAUCAGCUGCUGUGGAGAAGCACCGGGGGGGAUGGCGAUCGUUGCUCAAUGGCAGUGGGGGCUCCGAGCCGUCAGCCGUGUUGGAGAAAUCGCGACUACCGCCAAGAUAAUAUGCGGAUGCGGAACUGAGGGCGGUCGCCAGAUUGUCUGCGGUUGGAUGAAUACUGUGAGAGGUAUGGUGCCAUCAGAAACCUGUGUUCAUAUGAUCAGGUUCGAAAGGGGGUGUGAGGACCCUGAAGGGUUCCGUCCGAAGUGUGGCAACAGGACCAGAAUACAAUGGUGAGCAUUGCUUUUGGUCACGUUUGUUUCAACUCUAGAAGUGCCGACAUGUCCAGUAUCGACAGUCCCCCUCACUACUCAGGCACUGGCCUUUGACUGGAAGGAGCGGGACAAUGUCUGAGAGGCAAAUGCACGAUUCCCCCCUCCCCCCAAGGGAUCGGAUUUGGUCCAGCUGCAAAAUGCGGGGUCUCCACAAAAUGUCAGGCUGUUUGAGUGUUCAGGUUGCGUGGUGCGCUCUCACAGGGGCGGCAAAGUGUGUAUGUGUGAAAGAGAGCGAGAGAGGGACCAACCAUGUCAGUAGCUCUUUGCUGGGAACAAGGGGUGGUGGUGGUCCGGGUACUACUUUGUUUUUUUGGUUGGAACCAAGCGGCAGUUUAGAUGGCUAAAAUACGCCAUCAUCUGAAACAGAGCGUUGUUAUUUGCUGGCUGCCUUAUAAACGGUUAUAGUGCCGCGCCCAUUAAGCCGCAAAGCCCAUGUAUUAGCCGGCACAUCCACCUUGGACGCUGCAUAUCUUUUUGUCUUGACAAUCCCAACGAGAAGGGUCACACACACACAGCCGAAGAAAAACUCUCCGGGCUGGCUGGGGGGGGGAUGCCAGGCUUUAGCCGAAGCGGCGUCAAAAGCCCGAUGGAAAAGGCUUGUAUUAUUUGGGCGGCAAGGAAUAACAAUGAUCACUGGGUACACGAACAAGCAGUGAGAGAGAUUGUGCCUUGUUCGGCACACGGAGCCAACAAACCGGUGGCCUACCUAGGUGGGAUGGGGGAGGAUAAUACACUUGAUGAUGUGCUAUCUACCAGGCAUGUGCUCUCCGCGCAGCGUGGAAUCAAUCAUUGGGUCCCUUCGUUUCCUGUAAGAGAUCAUGCACCUCAUUAUUGCUUGCCCGGAACAGCAACAGCUGGAAUCCGAGGAGGUGCACGCCACCACCUCGCCACAUCGUCACACAGUUACACAUACCCAAGAUGGAGUAAGUGCUGGAAAAGCUGGGGAAGGGUAGGUAGGGGAGAUCUCGGGCUAUGGUACCGACUGAGGAGAGAGCAGGUAUUUACCUCAAAUUGACUCCCGAGUUUUCCGGUUUGAAAAUGUCACCUGGAUCAUCACUCGCCCCGGUCUCCCAAUUUCAGCAGUCUUGUUGUUUUGUUUCCGUUGGGGACGAUGAUUGAUCCCCGGGAAGGGCUCACGGCAAUUAGGACGGUAAGCAGGCCCGAGGUGACAUUGUGGCUGAGGAGAGUGUGAACCUUUUAGAGUGUGAAGUUGUAGACCCGGAAUAAACUUGGUCUAAUAUUGAUUGAGACGAUCAGUUGGAGCAUGCCACUCUUCGUCCACCAGUCUAGCGUUUGUAUUUGGAUAACCAAUGGAAAGAGUAAUGUAUUCAGAACCCUACAAUGUCAUAUUUUGGUCCUUGUAGUCAUGCGUGCUAACUCAUGCCAAGUCAUCUCGAAACCAAACAUUGAAUUACAAGUAGACUCGAGUGAGAAACUCGGCCCAUUGCAGCCUCAGCUUUUGAUGCCACCAAACGCCUGUCCCAACUAUGCACAACAGAUAUACUACACAAUGCCACAGACCACCUCACCAUUUUGAAGAAUCUUAUACAUCCCGUCCACAUGCUCAAACGUAACAUCUUCCCU